AUGGUUUUAUUCUCCAGCCUUCUCGUCGCCUCUGCGAUAGUGACUGCAGCUUUGGCUGCUCCCACUACUCCCAAUACCCUUGUCAAGCGCUCCAACUCCAAAAAGGGUGCUGCUUACAAUGACGCCAGCCUUGUGGGCCUCGUCGGCGACGCCGCGUGGGCCUACAACUGGGGCAGCUCUCCCGGCGGCCGCCUCCCCGCCGGCGUUGAAUACGUGCCCAUGUUGUGGGGAUCCGACACUACCGGAUGGACCGUCAACGUCAACGCCGCCCUCGCCAGCGGCAGCAAACACAUUCUCGGAUUCAACGAACCCGAUCUCGCCUCCCAAUCCAACAUUUCCCCCGCUACCGCCGCUGCUCUGUACAAGCAAUGGAUCACCCCUUACAAGAACCAAGCUGAAUUGGUCACCCCGGCCGUCACGAAUGGUGGCCCCCCGCUGGGUCUCACAUGGAUGGAGGCCUACCUCAAGGCCUGCAAUGGCCAAUGCGGCCACAGCGCCAUGGCUAUCCACUGGUAUGCCGAUGCCUCCGACACCGACUUUGAGAGCUACAUCACCAAAGCAUACAACCUCGCUGCCCGUUACGGUAUCUACAAGAUCUGGAUCACCGAGUUCCAGAAGACUGGCGUUGAUGCUGCUGGCCAGGCUUCUUUUAUUCGAAGCACCAUCCCGUGGAUGGACAAGGCCAGCUACGUUGAGCGUUACUCCUACUUUUUCGUUGCAGAUGGUUAUUUGACCAGCGGUCACUCUUUGAGCACUAUUGGUUCUGCUUACAACUCUGCUGAGUGA